UUCUUGUUGUCUUUUUCAGUUCAUGGAAGCACAGUUAGAAUAUCAUAAAACUGCUUCAGAAAUUUUACAGAGUUUUUUACCAAACAUGAAGACAAGAGUUGAUGAAUCAUCUCUGAGACCUGUUUUUGGUUGUCCUCUGGAAGAGCAUUUGAAAGCACAGAAUAGAACAAUAGCCUUUGUACUUGAGGAGUGUUUGAUGUAUCUUCAUGAUGGUGCCAUUGAAGAGCAGGGAUUGUUUAGAAUGGCUGGUAGUGCUGGCAGAAUAAGAAAGCUUAAAGCUGCUUUUGACUAUGGGUUGGUAGACUUAGCAGAGUAUGCUGUUGAUGUACAUGCAAUAACAGGCGUAGUCAAGUUGUAUUUACGAGAACUUCCAGAUCCACUGAUGACGUUUGCACUCUAUGAAGAAUGGAUCAAGGCUGCCAGUAUUCAAGAAAAUGGAGCAAGGUUACAAGCAUACUGGUUACUGAUUGAGAAACUUCCUAAAGAAAACAAAGAUAAUUUAAGAUAUUUGAUAUGUUUCUUAGCCAAACUGAGCGAGUACUCAGAUGUGAACAAGAUGACUCCUAGUAAUAUAGCUAUUGUUAUUGCACCAAACAUAGUUUAUUCCAAGACUAAUACAAGUGAUAGUGUUCAUUUGCACCAUACUGGACUCCAAUCUUCAAUAGUUGAGUCACUUAUUAUACAGCACAAGUAUUUCUUUCCUGAAGGUGUUGAUUUUUUCCGUAGUGUACCAACUUCACCGUUGGGAUCGGCAAACAGCUUACACAAACAACAAAAGAGAUCAGUGACAGAAUUCCCAAGUGUCACUGGAGGAUUUUUUGAUGAAGUUGUUGGAAUUAUCAAUUCUGGAAGUGCUGAAAAAGAAACGUCUAAUGGUCUAAGAAGCAACUCCCCAAUUCAACAUUCCAARAACAAUUCAUCUCAAGCAUCUUCAACUCACGUCAUGUCUCAGUCAGGUACAGGAGAGAAAAAGAGACAAGCGCCAACACCAGCACAAGUCAAGUACAUGGGAUCGAUAAGCCCUGUUGCUACAUCACCCCCCUUUUCUAUAGCAAAACCUACUUCACAACCACCCCCUCCCCCCAAUAAACCAGGUACACCUUCCCUGGCUCCUAAACCAGAUUUAAAGAAGUAAGCUCAUAUUUUAAUAUUUGGGUAAUUUUGUAGAAUGAUCAAAAUCUUUUCAACAUAUAUUUUUUCGUAGCCAUUACAAUAUUACAUAGUUUUGUAUGAAGAAGGAGUUCUGAUGUAUGCUGCACUGUAGCUCACGUUUUUGGUGYKCGCUCAACAGUUUGUUUUGUAUUCUGUUUUGUAAAGUCAUUAUGAAAGCUGACUAUUAUAAAAGCUGUAGAGCUGCCUAAAGAAAGGGCUACUUUUCACAGUUGACAGAAAAUCUCUAUGAUUCUGUUUCAAAAGCAGACAAUAUGUUGAUUAUUUGUAAGAAUUUUACUUAAAAAGCAAAUUUCAUAUAGAACUACUAAAACGAUGAAAUAAUAAAUAAACUAAUAAAGUCAUAAAUGUUAAACAGCGCAAUAAGAAUUCAUUAUUCGAAUUAUUUUAUUAAUCUUAUGUACAAUAAAAUUAAGUAUUUUAUUCCAAA